UUGGCUACAUGGGAUUCUGUCCAUGGCCUGAAUGGAAGUCUAAAGGAGAGCCGUAUCGAGAAUGGCAUGCAGGGGGUUACAGUUAAAGUUGUGACGUUAUUGGAGGAUCCAUUUGUGAUGGUGGCAGAGAACAUCCUCGGACAGCCCAAAAGAUAUAAAGGCUUCUCAAUUGAUGUCCUGGAUGCCUUGGCCAAGAUCCUAGGAUUCAAGUAUGAUAUCUACCAGGUGGCAGACAGCAAAUAUGGUUCUCAGCUCCCCAAUGGCUCUUGGAAUGGCAUGAUUGGGGAACUCAUAAACAAGCGAGCUGAUUUGGCAGUGUCUGCCAUAACUAUAACACCAGAGCGAGAGAACGUAGUGGACUUCAGCAAGCGCUACAUGGACUACUCUGUAGGGAUCCUACAUCGCAAACCCGAGGAGAAGAUCAACAUUUUUUCUUUGUUUGCCCCUUUUGACUUGGCUGUGUGGGCCUGUAUCGCAGCUGCCAUUCCUGUGGUGGGCGUUCUGAUCUUCUUGCUGACACGGAUGCAGAUGCUCCGCUCCCAGAAUCCUCCAGGAGCCCAUCACACUUCAUCCAUGUCUAACUCAUUGCAUAGUGCUAUAUGGAUUGUCUAUGGAGCCUUUGUACAACAAGGUGGAGAUUCAGUGGUGGGGUCUGUGGCAUUGAGGAUAGUCAUGGGCAGUUGGUGGUUGUUCACAUUGAUUGUGUGUUCGUCUUACACUGCUAACCUGGCUGCGUGCCUAACUGUGUCCCGCAUGGACAACCCUAUAAGAACAUUUCAGGAUCUUGCAAGGCAGAUGGACUAUGCCUACGGCACCGUUAGGGACUCAGCGGUGUAUGAUUACUUCAGAGCCAAAGGUACAAACCCACUGGAGCAGGACAGCACAUAUGCAGAGCUGUGGAGGACAAUCAGCAAAAACAAUGGACAGGACUUCUCAGUUUCUAGCCCAUCUGAAGGCAUACGCAAGGCCAAAAAAGGACCUUAUGCAUUUUUGUGGGACAUGGCCGUGGUGGAGUAUGCAGCACUGACAGAUGACGACUGCACCAUCACUGUAGCUGGCAACAGCAUGAGCAGCAAAGGCUAUGGAAUCGCCAUGCAGCAUGGGAGUCCUUACCGAGACCUCAUCUCCCAAAAGAUUCUGGAGUUGCAGGAGAAAGGAGACCUGGAUGUCUUGAAACAGAAGUGGUGGCCUCGGACUGGCCGCUGUGACCUCAACAGCCACAGUAAUGCCCAACCGGAUGGUCGCUCGCUCAAGCUGCAUAGCUUCGCCGGCGUCUUCUGCAUCCUAGCAGCGGGGCUCCUGUUGGCCUGUCUGGUGGCCGCACUGGAAAUGUGGUGGAACAGCAAUCGCUGUCGGCAAGAGCAGCCCAAAGAGGACAAGGAGGUGAACCUGGAACAGGUGCAUCGGCGUAUGAACAGUCUUAUGGACGAGGACAUGGCACACAAGCAGAUCCCCGCACCAUCUAUCGAGAUCUCUGCCCUGGACAUCGGCAGCAUGCUGCCCAGCCAGCAGCGGGAGGCUGUGCGAGACUACCCAGGCACGGGCCUGUCUGUGAGCACCUUCCUCCCGGAGCAAGCUCAUGGGGUGGGCCGGACGCUGGCCCAGGGUCCUGGCAGCACCCUGCCCCUUCCUCUCAGCAGCUCCACCAUGCCCUCCGUCCAAUGCAAACACAGGGCUCCCAACGGGGGUCUGUUCCGACAGAGUCCCGCCAAGACGCCCAUGCCAAUGUCCUACCAGUCAGACCAUGUGCUGCCUCACACUUGCUUGUCAAAGGAAGAAAACUGA